AAAGAGAAACAAAUCAUGUGACAAGUCAUGUGAUAAUUCUGGCCUAUCAGAUCAAUUGACGUGAAGUGUAAAGAGUUGUAUAACAUUCGUAGGAUUCAGUUAAAUGUUGUUUGUCUUACCACAGAAACAGACAUGAAUAAAAUUUUUACUGAAGAAAUUCUUUCUUUUUUUUCUCAAAAAAAAACUUAUGAAGAAAUAAGCAAUAUCUUGCAGUCGCGAUAUCCAGGAGAAAGAGGUUAUUCCGUAAAGUCAAUAAAACGGUAUUGUAAAGAAAAUGGAUUGUCGCCAAGGGUUUCACAAGCCCAUUUAGAACAGAUUGUAGCAACGGCAGUUCAAGAAGUUGGUCCAACGUAUGGGAGGAAAAUGAUGACCGGGUAUAUUGCUAAUAGAGACAAUAUACGUGUUAGCCAUAAUAGAGUUGGACGAGCUUUAGCAAAAGCUGCACCCCAAAACCACCAGAGAAGACGCACUGACACCGCACGAAUGGUUAACCCAAUACCUUAUCGGGCCGAUUACUUUGGUCAUAAAAUUCACUAUGAUCAAAAUGAAAAGCUUGUUAUGUAUGGGGCUACACAUGUCAUUGCCAUUGAUGGUCAUUCUCGCUUCAUUGUCGGCUACUCCACCAUGCCAAUAAAAAACAACGCUCUUAUUUACGAUGAAAUAUACAGAAAAGCUGCUAUUGAUUAUGGUAUCUUUCAUCAAGUGCGUACGGACUGUGGAAAAGAGUUUUUUUUAAUUCUUGGAAUCCAGGAACAUUUUCAGCAUCUUCGCGGUCGAUCAGAUAUUUUGCCAUACAAGCAAACCCAAUCAAAGAAGAACCUCCCUAUCGAAAGAAUUUGGCCAGAGGUGAACUCGCGGGUAAAUUAUCCGGUAAAAAAAAUACUGGUAGAAAUGGACAACAGCAAUACUAUCAAUAUGGAAGAUGAAGUUCAAAAAUUUUGUGUGUCAUCCAUUGUAUGUCUGGUGACUGGUUUUGGUGUCAAUCGAGUUGUUUCAGCGUGGAAUGAACACUCAAUACCAGGUAGAGGUGUUCCGUCAGUAAUAAAAGAAAAUACUAACAGAUUGACACCGUUAUCCGUUGAAGAAUUGCCCCCAAAACACGAAGCUGUUCAGCUGUAUGAACAAGUGUACCGCGGUACAUUGUCGGAAGAGCACACCUUCGGCCAGGAUCCGCUUGCAGAAAGACAGCAAAAAUUGGAAGAAAGAGAUCAGAGCUUUUUCCAACAUUUUUCUGUUGAAGAAAUAUUUUCCGAAUGUGUUAACGAACGACCACAAAUGUUGAGAGAAGCUAUCCUUUUUUACAUAAAUAAAACUGUAACCUUAGCCCAAUUGUAACCAUACUCAUGACGUUGUAUGUAAUAACUAACAAAUAUUAAAACUAACGAAAA